ACAUUCAGCAGCGCAGCGGUCGAGUGUAAUCCCCAUUACAGCGGGCGGGUCCUCUUUGAGUCAACCCUCGUCUUUUAGCAAUAAUCCUGGGGAAUUUCUCCACAUUGCGCCUAAAACUUAGACACACGAUCGCCGGGACCACAGGGAAUCUAAACCGCGCGAGAAAAUAAGGGACCAACAGAGUUGAAUCUUUGUUUGUGUUCAGCAGAAGAAAGAAAGUCAUACACAUCUGGGAUGGAAUGAGGGCAUGGCAGCCAUACGGAAAAAGCUGGUGAUCGUGGGUGAUGGAGCCUGUGGGAAGACCUGUCUACUUAUAGUGUUCAGUAAAGACCAGUUUCCAGAAGUCUAUGUGCCCACUGUGUUUGAGAACUACAUAGCAGACAUUGAAGUAGACAGCAAACAGGUGGAGCUGGCAUUAUGGGACACAGCUGGACAGGAGGACUACGACCGUCUCAGACCUCUGUCCUACCCAGACACAGACGUCAUCCUCAUGUGCUUCUCCAUAGACAGUCCAGACAGUUUAGAGAAUAUCCCAGAGAAAUGGACACCUGAGGUGAAGCACUUCUGCCCAAAUGUUCCCAUAAUUCUCGUUGGAAAUAAGAAAGAUCUGAGAAAUGACGAGCACACACGGAGGGAGCUGACCAAGAUGAAGCAGGAACCGGUUAAACCAGAGGAGGGCAGGGACAUGGCAAACCGUAUUAGCGCCUUUGGCUACCUGGAAUGCUCUGCUAAGACUAAGGAUGGAGUAAGGGAGGUAUUUGAAAUGGCCACUAGAGCGGCGCUGCAAGUCCGCAAGAGAAAGAAGAGGAGCGGCUGCCUGCUGUUGUGAGAGAAUUUUCCGGCCUUUCUGAGAAUGACCCGGAAUGUUCUUUUACAACUUUCAGCUGACCAGGAAAUACCAAACUCUGCAAGAUCUUUGACCAAACAGCAUAAAUACACUGUACUGUAUGUCACAUUUCAUGCAAACCAACCAACAGGUGCGAAAUGUAAAGAAAGUUAAUAAAAUAUGCAUUGAAAGAAUAUGGGCUGGGCGGAAAGGCAGGUUACAUAAAUAAAUGGCAUGCCUUGAUUUAGUUUUCCUCUAUGGCACAAUUUUCUCCGCAUACAAAAUAGUUUAUUCUCCAGCUUGUCCUGUAAAUAUGAAAUCAACAAUAAUUGUAUUUUUGCACAUUUAUCAUUCAGCCAUUAUAACCUUGACAGAAACGUUUUCCUUUUGAACUUUUUCAGAUUAUUGUUAUCUAAAUUAAAAUAACAGAAUAGAAAAAGAGCACACAAUUUAGUGAUGGAAUCAGUGCCUUUUGUGAACGUUCCCUCCAGAAUUUGAAUGUACUUUGCAAAGUGCUAGUUUUGAACUUCUCUUGGGACUGUACUUUUUUUUUUUCUUUUUUUUUUUUUUUAAAUAGUCAAUACAUUUAUGAGCUAAUUAAAUAUAUUUAAAAAUGCAAAAUCUCUAUUAUUAUUAUUAUUAUUAUUAUUGGCUAUAUUUAUAGUGUAGGACCCUUUGUUCCCUAAGAAUCACAAAUUACAGCACAUAAAUAUAAUGUGAAACCCCAGUCACAAAACCAGAUGGGAGUGUGACAUUUUUCAUUUGUGUUAUCCUAUUCAUCCUCCACACAGGCAUAAACAUGCAUAUGUACACAUUGACAGUGCUCUGUAGAUACUAAACUGGUUGAACCUGCCCCGGAUGUCCUCACAGAGAACUGUCACCUAAUCUGACUACAUUGUCCUGACAUUAGCUGGCUUAAAGGACACAUGCUCAAGUAUUGUUAAUGGGAAAAAAAUAAAAUAAAAUUCAGAUGAGAUCACCUCUGAAUGUUUCUAGUCCCGAGAAAUGUCAAAUAAAUACACAAACUAAUCUAAUAUUAAUUUAAAUCAAAGUCAUUAUUUACUCAUUGGAACCCUUAAGUCGUUCCAUACCCGUAUUAUUUUAUUUUAUUUUUUGCAUAAAACAGAAAAGAGAUUUUUUUUUUUUGAAGAAUCUUACGGUAGCUUUUUCUUACAAUUCAUAGCAACCAGCUCCAAAAAUAACCAAAAACAGCAUAAAAGUAGUCGAUAUGACUUCUCAAGCGGUAUGCUAGGUUGAAAUGAAAAUGUAAUAUACACAAAUUUAAACUGCCGUGUUGCUUACAGUUAUGACACAAACUCAGACCUGGCACAACGUGUCGACGUAGAGUUUUUGAAUUUCAAUGCGAAUGAGAUUUCAGAGCUUUUGGAGGAGAGUAAGAUCAUCAACUUAAAUUUCGUCCUUGUCAAAGUUGUCAAAGCAAAAAAAAAAAAAAAAAUUGUAUUCAAUCGAGAGAAAAAAAAUAACAACGGCAUUCAGGUUUGGAAGAUUGAGUUAAUAAUGACAGAAUUUUCAUUUUUGAUCUAGCUUUUUUCCUUUAAUGAGGUUUAUUUGGGUAGUAAGAGGAGGCCUUGAGUGCCUUCCCAGUUCCCACGGAAACAUGUGCCUUUAGUCAUCAGUCUGUUAAUGCAGAUGGGUUGAGGAGCAAGGGUUGGGUAAUGUUGAGCUUAGCCAGAUGAAUGUUUUUGUGCACACAUGCAUUUUAUCACAUGAUCAGUGUUUGUGCAUGCUAGUUAUCAUGUUUUCGGCCAUAGCUUCCUCAACUCUAGUAAUAAAACCAUAGCUAAUUUGUGCAGAGUUGCAUUUGUCACUGUCUAAAUGAAGAUCUGUAGCUUUAAACUGGUGUUGUAUGCAACAUAAACAGCAUUUCCUAUUCUGUCCUCUGCUGGUGCCAUGAGAUGUUUGGCCUGAGCUAAGUUAGUAAUGCCACAUAAAUCUGCUCUGUGUUUGCUGUCUUUGUUUACCGUUUCAGAGUGGUGAACUCAUAAGCAUGGUGUAGCUCUGUUUCUCUCGACUUCUACUGUAAAAUAAGACGGUGAAUCUCAAGAAAAGCGUCGAACAAUAUUCAGGUCAUUCUUCAUCCCGAGAUCAAAAAAACAUUGUAUUUUACUCAAAGAAAAUUAAGCCUAUUUUAAUUACCAUUUCGAUUUUUUUUAUUUUUUUUUGUGCAUUUUUUUAAACACAUUUGAGGGGUCGUUCAGACCAAACGCGUUAUUACAUUACAAAAAGCUAGACACAGCUCAAAAAAAAUCAAAUGGAGCACAGGUGUUUCGAGGUGUUUUUAAAAGUUUGAGGGGUCGUUCAGAACGAACGCGUUCUUGUACUAAAAAAAGCAAGACUGUGCAACGAAUAUAACAACGCAGGUGUCUAAAGACGCCUAUUUGAAGUUUUUAGGGCCGUUCAGAAUGAACACGUUUUUAACUUUACAAGCAAGACACAGCAACACGUUUUAAGUUUAAGGGGCCGUUCAGAACGGACGUGUUCUUGCACUAAAAAAAAAUCAAGACACAGCACAACAAAUGUCUGAUUCUUGAGAUAAGGGACAAAACAUGUUUUAAAUCCAAGUUUUUUAAUAAAUCUAGUUUUUUAAUUUGUACAUUUAUUUAUUUUUUUAAUACUAAAUUAAUUUGAAAUGGAUAUAUUUGUAGACAAAGGUCCAAGCUAACAAACCAUGUAAGGGGACAAUUUUUUAUAAAAAAUGCUUUUUUCUGAAAAUUGACAUUUAUUCACUUACAGUACAUCUUACUGUAAUUUAUGUAAACUCCGUCAGACACCCUAAAGGGCAUGCUAUUUUAAUUUGAUCCAUCAAACAAGAGUGUAAAGUCUUUAAUUAACUAAUAAUAGUGUUCAGUAAAGGAGUUAAGUGAUAAAAUACAUUAUAUACUUAUUUUUCUGUUUUCUCACUAUUCUGAAAAUUCUGACGGAGUUGACAAAAUUGAAUCUUUUUCCAUCUUAGCCAUGUGUUGUGCACUGGAGCCAUUUUGUUUUUUCCUCUGUUAAAGCUGAGUGUAUAACCUAAAGUAAAAUGUCAAAAUUAUUCUACAAUUCUUAACAGAAAUGAUCACAAUGGGAUGACGGAGUUGACAUGUUGAAGCUGUGACCGCAGAGACUUAAACAUUGUGUUUAAAAUAUAAAAAAUAAAUAAAACUUACCAGACCACGUGUCCUACUGUUGCAUCCAUAAUGAGCAGGAAUGGAGUACUGAGAGUUAUUGCCAACAAAGACCUUGUCUGAUAUAUUCAGGAUUAUAUUUUUGACGAAAAGUGAGGACACAGCUUUGAUUUACAACUUCAGUUUUAUAUGGAAAAUAAAGUUUACUGUAUGUAUUGUUUGAUAUCUUACAGAUCCCUACCUUUCAUUUCAUAUUUAUGAAUAUGUUGCAUUUUUAAACACUUUAAUAAAGCAGUUUAAUAUUGUGACCUCUCGUGGAGGACAGGUUAAGUUACAUGUGCUUCCAAGUAUAGAGCUUGCAUUUAAAACAAUUCUAAUCCAAUUAUAUAAAAAUAUAAGUAAUGAAUGCCCUGAGAGUGUACGCAUUUCCUUUGGAUUUAACUUUUCCAGUAUUUUUAUUAUUAUGAAUUUCUUGAUUUUCAACAUAAAGAGGACUUUUUUGAUCUUGGAUAUGUUUUGUCUCUUAUCUCAAGAAUAAGUGAAAAACAACGGCAUUCUGAACGAACUCAUUCUUGCGCACAAAAAGCAAAUGCAACGCAACAAAUUUAACUGAAUGCAGGUGUUUCAGGAUGCGUUUUACAAGCAGACAUUCUUUUUAACUUGACACGGUGUCUUAAAAAUGCCGUGCUUCUGCAUGAGUUGGUGAAAAAGCAGUUGGAUGCGGCACAACAGUCAAAAUGUCUAUCUAGUGCAUGUUUACAUAGAAAAACAGUGCGGAUUGCUGCAAAAACGCAUUCUGUGUAAACGGUCCCGUGGUUAUUUUCAAAUGUUACGCUCAUAGCACAAGACGCUGUGCCAUGGUCAGUGAUGUCAAUCUAGUGCAUAUUUACACAGAAAAACAAUUACAAAAUGCGUAGACAGACGCAUGUCUGUCGUUCAGUGUAAACAGCCCGUUGGAUUGUUUCAUGUCUAGGUCCGGCAAGUAGCACACAGUACGCUAAACUAACCAUCUAGUUUAUUCUUGAACACUAUGCCAUGGAAUUCUAAGUUAUUAAACAAGGCGUUAUUAAAACGUACUGAAAUGCACUGACUGUACAGUACAAUGCACAAGUAACAUCCCACUAGACAAAGUAAAAAUUACAAAACUACUCACAAAUAAGAGGAACAUGUUUUUUUUAAUUAUUAUUAUUAUUAAUUUGAGGAAUCAUUAAUAAAACCUUGUUAUUGAAAAUGCAGAUGUGACUACAGAACUGUUUCCAUUGCUGUCUGCAUGAGCAAAUUCCUGGUUACAACAGCAACCGCUCUUGACAUAUGGAGCUCUUCAUCAGGCUCUAAGAUCAAUCUUCUGCUGUGUGUUCAUAUGGUCACUUCCUUUUUUCUGGAAGUAAUAAAUAUGAUUUAUUAAUCCAGAUUUUUAUGAGCGCUCAUAGUAACAAUGCUUUGUAAACGGGACUAGUAUUGUAGUAAAUGUUUGAAUGAUGUAAAACCGACCUAUGUUAAUAAAAUAUUUUUUCGAAAAACAAAAUAA